GGAAGCCUCGGGCACUCCCCUCCUGCCUUUCACAUGAUCUGAAAGCUCCCUUUGAGAUAGAGACAGGAAUGUGGAAAGGAGCGACAACGUCGAUGGCUGAGCGAAGCCACAGGCUUUCCAUAAUGCGUUCAUGUUAUACGGCAUUAAUCGGACUGACUUUCAUCUUUCAUACUCAUGGAGUCCCUUGGACAGAGGAAAAGCUCAGGCACAGAGCACUCAAGCUAAGUGAAGAUGAGAUCUGUGCUGCCUUGUCUCACACCGAUCUGGAGCAAAUGUGGCAGAGGGACCUAAGGCCGCUGCUGGUUACCCGGUACCCGGGCUCUGCCGGCAGCCAGGCAGCACAGGACCAUAUUAAAGCAACCCUCGGUUCCCUCGGAGCAGGCUGGGAAGUGACCGAGGACAGCUUUGAGUCACAAACUCCCUACGGGUCGCUGCCCUUCACCAACCUAGUUGCCACACUGAACCCGUCAGCUAAGCGUCACCUGGUUCUUGCCUGUCACUACGACUCCAAGUACUACCCUCCUCAGUGGCAUGGUAGGGAGUUCCAAGGUGCCACGGAUUCUGCUGUCCCAUGCGCUAUGAUGUUGGAGCUGGCACGAGCCCUGGAUGAAGAACUGAAAACUCAGAAGAACUCCAGCGCCAACCUAACCUUGCAGCUGAUCUUCUUUGACGGGGAGGAGGCACUUUUCCAAUGGACUUCCACGGACUCACUGUACGGCUCCCGCCACCUGGCGCAAAAGAUGGAGGCCACCCCGCAUCCUGAAGGAGCCAAAGAUACCAACCAACUGCACGGCAUAGAUCUGUUUGUGUUGCUGGACCUUAUUGGGGCCCCUAGCCCUAUCUUCGGAAACCACUUCCCCAGCUCCACUUCCUGGCUCACCAGGCUGCAGGACAUCGAAAAACGUCUGCAUUCCAUGAACCAGCUUGUUCAGCAUCCUAACAGUGUGCAGUACUUCUGGCCCGAUCGUCCUGUAGGUCGUAUUCUUGACGAUCAUAUACCAUUCCUAAACAGAGGUGUUCGGAUCCUCCACCUCAUACCCUACCCCUUCCCGUCCGUGUGGCACACGUUUGACGACAAUGAAGAAAAUCUGGAUCGCUCCACAAUUCAGAACCUCAACAAGAUCCUGCAAGUUUUUGUUUUGGAAUACCUCAACACCAGGCCCAGCAUUCCUUCAAACCCACAAAAUGCCCCAUGAGCCUUCCUAUCAUUGCAUCUUUGUGAUGUAAAGCUUUUCACAUGAAAUAAUGCACUAUAUUAGAGGUUUUAACUCCAAAUAUGAAGGAGUUUAAAUGUUUUCUUAUUAAAGACACUUAUUUACAAAAUGCUUUGUCAAAAAAGGUUAGUGUGCCUUGCAAAGUAUCAUCAUCCCUUUCAACAGGUCAUAACAAUACAACCACAAACUUCAAUGUAGUUUAUCUGGAUUUCAUGUGAAACAAAGUAGUGCAGCUCUUGUAAAUGUGCAAAAGCAUAAUUGACAUUGAGUAAAUCGGGAGGCAACAUUUAAUCUACCAUAGCAGGAGUGGUCUAUGAUUUGUGACUGAUGGCCACAAGGCACAAUCAUCAGAAUUAUACACUUUUUGGUGUUGGCUUAUUACAUACAAUUCCAGAAAAACACUUUUAAGUGUGGGGUUUUAGCGUGACAAAAUAUAAAAUCAAAAGUUUAAGAGGUAUGAAUACUUUUUUAAGGAACCGCAAAAGUACCUUCCUCAUACUUUCAACAACAAAAUCACUACACAGAGUGUUCAUUCUUUUCUGAUUCAGGCCCUGAGUAAUGCUAUAAGGAGACAUCUUUGUGUUGGUUCUAUUGCUCAUAUUGCCUGUUGUUAAAAGGAGAAGGAAAUGUACAACAAGGUUAAAAGAAAAUAAAUGAAAUUACACCUUUUCACCUGA